AGAGCCUUUACUGUAAAGCAAUCGAUGGUGCUGUCCUUGGAAAAAACCUAUUGGAAGCAAUUUAGCUGGACAAAUACAAAGCUGAUAUGCUGCCAAUCCACUGCUUUGUGUUAGUGUGGUAAUUGAUGGUUCCUUUGUGACGUUACAAUAGGGGAUGAUCUCCCAUAAUAAUCCCCACUGAUGGCAGUGAUGGAGAAUGAGACGUGGCCACACUCCUCAUACAUCCCCCAUUAUCUCCUCCGUGGUGACCCUUUUGCUUCAAGACUCUCCAAAGAGGCGGAUAUUGUUGCAGCGUUUUACAUCUUCAUCAUAGGUAUCAUGUCUGCAACAGGGAAUGGCUAUGUCAUUUAUAUGACCAUCAAACGCAAGACCAAGUUGAAGCCGCCAGAGCUCAUGACUGUUAAUCUAGCCAUCUUCGACUUUGGCAUAUCAGUGACAGGAAAGCCCUUUUUUAUUGUAUCUAGUUUCUCCCAUCGCUGGUUGUUUGGCUGGGAGGGCUGUCAGUUCUACGGAUGGGCAGGCUUCUUCUUUGGAUGUGGCAGCCUCAUCACAAUGACCAUGGUCAGCCUGGACAGGUACCUCAAGAUCUGCCAUCUGAGAUAUGGUGCAUGGCUUAAACGCCACCACGCCUUCCUGUGCAUGGCUUUUGUGUGGAUGUAUGCAGCCUUCUGGGCCACCAUGCCCCUGAUUGGCUGGGGACACUACGCCCCAGAACCCUUUGGGACCUCCUGCACCCUGGACUGGUGGCUGGCACAGGCCUCCGUGUCUGGCCAGAGCUUUGUCAUGGCCAUCCUGUUCUUCUGUCUCAUCUUCCCCACCGGCAUCAUAGUCUUCUCCUAUGUCAUGAUCAUCUUUAAGGUCAAGUCCUCCACAAAGGAGGUCUCACACUUUGAUGCCCGCAUCAAUAACAGCCACAACCUUGAGAUGAAACUCACAAAGGUGGCAAUGCUGAUCUGUGCAGGCUUCUUGAUAGCCUGGAUCCCUUAUGCAGUGGUGUCAGUGGUGUCAGCAUUUGGCGAGCCAGAUUCAGUGCCCAUCCCUGUGUCUGUUAUUCCUACCCUUCUGGCCAAGUCUGCAGCAAUGUACAACCCCAUCAUCUACCAGUUGGUGGACCUGAAAAACUCCUGUGCAAAAUCCUCCUGUUUUAAGGUCCUGAAGAAGCCCAGGCAUUUUAGAAAGUCAAGGUUCUACACUAUCUCGGGCUCGUUAAAGGACACACCACCAGCCAAAGACGCUCACAUAGAGAUGUGAGACAGACAUUUAGACUGUGUGACCCUCUUACCUCUACUAUUUGGACGGUAUGCCUUGUUCCCUGCCCUCUGUGCCCUACACUUACCCAAUCACACGCUGCCUGUCAUCUGCUCUGACAUCAUCAACCGCUCACCUUUGUUGCCAAUGGUUC